AUCCUUUGCACCUGGCCACGGGCCCACGGCCAGCUCGUCCCCUGUCCCGACAGUGUCACUGGAGCGCCACGCCACUCCACGCCAAUUCCAAGCUCUAAACUAAACUAGUGCUCCACUCGAAGUGAAGGAAAUCUCUAGCCGAUCCGUGAGCUCCCCGAUUCGCCCAAACCACGGCAACCAUGGUCGCCGCCGCCAGCUGCCACUCCCCAGCGCGCUUCGCCAUCUCCUGCUCCGCCGCCUCCUCGUCCGCGCCAGGACGCCCGCUGCGCGUGGCCGUGGUGGGUGGCGGCCCCGCGGGCGCCUCGGCGGCGGAGGCGCUGGCCUCGUCGGGCGCCCGGACGUUCCUCCUCGAGCGCAGCCCCGCGGGCGCCAAGCCCUGCGGCGGCGCCAUCCCGCUCUGCAUGCUCGACGAGUUCGCCAUCCCGCGGGACCUCGUGGACCGCCGCGUGACCCGGAUGCGCGUGCUCUCCCCGUCCAACCUCGCCGCCGACUUCUCCCGCGCGCUGCCCCCCGGGGCGCACAUCCCCAUGCUCCGCCGCGAGGUGCUCGACUCCUUCCUCCGCCGCCGCGCGGCGGACGCCGGGGCGGAGCUCGUCCCCGGCCUCGUCACCUCGCUCUCGCUCCCCGCGGGGCCCGCCGACCCCUACCGCGUCCACUACAUCUCCUCCGCGGAGGGCCAGGGCCGGGGCGUGCUGGAGGUGGACGCCGUCGUGGGCGCGGACGGCGCCAACAGCCGCGUGGCGCGCGAGGUGGGCGCCGGGGGGUACUCGACGGCCAUCGCGUUCCAGGAGCGCAUCCGACUCCCCGACGCCGCCAUGGCGUACUACGACGACCUCGCGGAGGUGUACGUGGGCGGGGACGUGUCCCCGGACUUCUACGGCUGGGUGUUCCCCAAGUGCGACCACGUCGCCGUCGGGACCGGCACUGUCGCCGCCAAGCCGGAGAUCAAGCGCCUGCAGUCGGGCAUCCGCGCGCGCGCCGGGCCCAAGAUCGCUGGCGGCCGCGUGGUCAAGGUGGAGGCGCACCCAGUCCCGGAGCACCCGCGCCCGCGCCGCGUCGUGGGGCGCGUGGCCCUUGUCGGCGACGCGGCGGGGUACGUCACGCGGUGCUCCGGCGAGGGAAUCUACUUCGCCGCCAAGUCGGGGCGGCUGUGCGGGCAGGCCAUGGCGGAGGAGUGGGCGCGCACGGGCGCCGUCACGGAGGCCGGGCUGAGGCGCGGGUACCUCCGGCGGUGGGACGACGAGUUCCUGCUCAUGUUCCGGUUCCUCGACCUGCUGCAGCGCGUGUUCUACGGCGGGAACGCCGGGCGCGAGGCGCUGGUGGAGAUGUGCGCCGACGAGUACGUGCAGCGGCGGACGUUCGAGAGCUACCUGUACAAGCGGAUGGUGCCCGGCGAGCCGUGGGGCGACCUCCGGCUGCUGUGGCGGACGGUGGCCAGCAUGGUGCGCUGCGGGGUCAUCGGCAGGGAGGUAAUGCGCCUGCGGCGCCUCGAGCUGCAAGCCUAGAGCGAGUGAGCUGAGCGUCCCUAGCACUGUGCUGAAUAAUGUGGCUGUGUUCGAUUGGCGGCUGCAAUGGAUUUCUGAAUGUAUUUACAAUUUUAUAUUCCCUUUCCAAGCAUAACAGUGAAUCUUUUGCUGA